GGUCUGGAACGAUUAGAAUAUAAUUUACUUCAUACAUUUUUAUAUUGGAGCUGUAUGGUUUACAUGUUGCGCGGUGUACGAAACGUGGUGGUUUUGCAUAAUAUUUUCUUUUCAAUAUCAGAAAAAUGUCGAGUGGCCGUUUGUCAAUGAAAUUUCUGACUACCAUUCGAGGAAGCUGUCGCCAAUUCCAAAGGAAACUUUGCUCAGAGGUUGGAACAGUGAAAACAAGGAAAAUCCAUGAAGGAGAAGCAGGCAUUCUAGCCAACAGUUUAGCACUAGAGGGCAGUAGAGUUAAGACUUCAGAUUUAAAAAUGUUUCAUAGAUUGGAUCCAUCAGGGUACUACAUGUCACUGACAGACUCUGGGGAGGUCAUUGCUACAAUAGGAGGGAUACGGUACAAUGAUUCGUUUGGUUAUAUAGGAUUCCGUCAUGUUGCGGAGGAGAAGCAAGGGCAGGGUUUCGAUAAGGAACUACUGGAUGUUGCGUUAGAGCAUCUGAAAGAGCGAUGGCUUGGCAUUGAACUUCAACCGGAGGAAGUGGAGCAAUUUCAAAAGUUAGGAUUUAUCACAGCAUGGCACAAUGGAUGCUUCAAAGCAGACAAAACCCCCUUUUUUCCUGAAUUGGGUCAUAACCCAUCCAUACAGUCAAUUCCAGACGGACCUAUGGGAAGAGUUGUGGAAUAUGAUACGGAAGUGUUUGGUGUUGAAAGACGACGAUUUGUUAUGAAUUGGACUAAAACUGAUAGACAGGGAACAAGUUUACUGGUUACAGAAAAUGGAAAUAAUAUGGGAUAUGGUGUACUACGACCGCUACAGGAAGCAAAAUGUCAUCGCAUUGGCCCGCUUUAUGCUCUCAAUACCGCUGUAGCCCAAGUGUUAACUUUAGCUUUGAUAUCAGCUGUUCCGGAUGAGACCCUAUAUAUCACGGCACCUCUGGACAAUCCUUCAUUUAUCAGACUACUUACUAAUGAUCUCCGAUUUGAACAGAUUAAUGAGACAGUAAGGAUGUACACCAAGACAGACCACAAUAUCCCAACACAUAAAUUGUUUGCAAUUGUUGACUCAAAUGUUGGAUAAGACAAUGUCUACAAAAUAAAUUAUAAAAUAAUAAAAUAUUGCAGAUAUAUUAUGAAAUUUAACUAAAGCAAUAAAGAGAGAUCAUGAACA